AUGGGAAAACGCGUAGUCUUUACCGGAGGCUCUGGCGUCGCAGGCCGCUGGGUCAUCCAGGAACUCAUACGCUACGGCCACGAGGUCAUCAACCUCGAUAUCUCACCUCUCGACAAUCCCUCUGUCCAUACCAUGAAAUGCGAUGUGACCGACUCUGGACAGGUAUACAGUGCCCUUCAUACGCAAUUCCGCCUAAACCAGCCCCUGGAAAAGGCAUCGGUUCCGGACGCGGUCUUCCACUUCGCUGGCUAUGCUCGGCCGAUGCUUGCCCCCGAUAACGAGAUAUUCAAGACCAACGUGACGAGCUUCCACAACGUCGUCGAGGCAGCCUGCAAACUGGGCGUCAAGAAGAUCAUUCUGGCGAGUAGCGUCACCAUCUACGGCGUUACCUUUGCCGAGGGACAUCGAGCUUUUGAAUCGUUUCCUAUCGAUGAGGCUAUCGACUGUAACCCUACUGAUCCAUACGCCCUCUCGAAACUUGUCGGAGAGACGGUUGCUAGGAGCUUCGCGAGUCGCUUUGACAUCGACAUCUAUUGCCUGCGCAUCGGUGCCGUCAUCGAACCGGAAAAGUAUGCCGAGAGUUUUUCCAGCUAUGUCGGCCAACCUGAAUCUUGGGAUGUUCAUGGAUGGUCUUACACAGACGCCAGAGACCUUGGGCAGAUGUGUCAUUUGGGCCUUGAGACGAACGGGCUGGGUUGGCAGGUGUUCAAUGCCACCAACAACGAGAUAACAAAUUCUGAAUCGACAACUGAAUUCUUGAAGCGUGUUAGUCCUGCGACACCCUUCACUCGAGAAAUGGGAGAGUAUGAAGCUCCAAUGUCGAACAAGAAGAUCCAGACAUUGCUGGGAUUCAAGGAAGAACACUCGUGGAAGAAGUAUUUUGACGCCAAGAAAAAGUACAUGUAG